GAGCGGGGCGGGGCGCGGGCCGGAAGCGGAAGCGGCGGCGGCCGGUGCGGCGGCGGCGCCGAGGAUGCUGCGGCUGCGCUGCAAGGCCCGCAGCGGCUCGCACGCGCUGCCGGGGCUGUCGCCGCACUCCCGCCUCCGCGACAUGCAGGCCGCGCUGGCCGCGCUCACCGGCGUGCCCGCGCCCGCCCAGCGCCUCCUGCACGGCUUCCCGCCGCGCAGCCUCGACCUCAGCGACGGCGAGCGGCGGCUCGGCGAGCUCGGCAUCCACUCGGGUGACACCCUCAUCGUGGAAGAGGACACAUCCAAACCCGAGCCUGCCUCUCCGGUGCUGGCCAAGAAAGCCAUGUCCCAGGCGGUGAGGGAGGCCGUGCCCGCGCUGGCCAGGAGGGCGGUGCCGGCAGACAACUCGUGCCUGUUCACCAGCGUGUCCUACGUGGUGGAGGGCGGCGUGUACGACCCGGGCUGCGCGCCGGAGCUGCGCAACCUCAUCGCGCAGAUCGUGGCCAGCGACCCCGAGCGCUACUGCGAGGCCGUGCUGGGCAAGAGCAACCGCGACUACUGCGAGUGGAUCCGCAGGGAGGACGCGUGGGGGGGAGCCAUCGAGGUGUCCAUCCUGGCCAAGUUCUACCAGUGCGAGAUCUGCGUGGUGGACACGCAGAGCGUGCGCGUCGACCGCUUCGGCGAGGACGCGGGCUACAGCCGCCGCGUGCUGCUCAUCUACGACGGCAUCCACUACGACCCGCUGGAGCGGCGCCCGGCCGCGCCCGGCCUUCCUCCCCAGACCAUCUUCCCCAGCAGCGACGACGUGGUGCUGGCGCAGGCGCUGGAGCUGGCGGACGAGGCGCGCAGGAAGAGGCAGUUCACGGACGUGAACCGCUUCGCCCUGCGCUGCAUGGUGUGCCACAAGGGGCUGACGGGGCAGCUGGAGGCGCGCCAGCACGCCAGGGAGACCGGGCACGCCAACUUCGGUGAGGUGUGAGCUCCGCGCCGCCGCCGCCGCCGCCGCCGCGCCCUCGACUACCUCAGCGCUCCGGGCUGGCGCUCCGGAGCCACAGAGAAGCUGUUUGUAAUCAUAAAAUUCCGUUCGCAGAGCUUGAGAAGCGAAUUCAGUUCGUGGUGGCCAACGCACAGGUUUGGGGACGGGGGGUUGGGGUGCUGAGGGUGGCGUUUGGGCAGGUGGGGGGCAGUGGCAGCCACACCUUGAUUUCACCACCUUUGGUGUGUGUGUGUGAGCUGAGCAGGCAGACACAGCCAGGCUCGUGCAGCACUGUGUGAAAUCCGCCUCUGAGGUGCUGAAUGGACAUUUUCAGGGUAAUUCAAUUAAUCCCAGGCUUUGGGAGUCACACAUGUCAGCAUCACUCACACUGAGAAUUGGGCUCUGCACGUAUGAGCAGCCCUCAGAGGGCAAACUGCUCGUGUGGUGCAUGAUUUAUAAUGGAAAUAUCAAAUACAAUAUCAAAAUACAGUCUGUAGUGGAAAGAGGAUCUCUGAGCUGCCCUUUACCAUCAGGACUAGAGUGUGUAGUUUGUGUGCAGAGAACUUUAGGGAAAGCAAUGGCCUCUAAGCUUUAAGGUAGCCUUUAAAUUAAUGAGUAGAUGGAUAAGUGUUGAAUAAAACUUAUUAAUCCUCCGUAGGUAGUUUUUAGUUGCUUGAAAAAUAACUCUGAACCCCCUGGUGUUUACACUGCAUCAGAGCAUAAGCAUGUUUCCUGGAAUACUUGGGAUUCUUCUUCAUAAUAGCAUUGGAAAUUCCUUCAAGAGGGAAGUGACUAAUUAGGGAAGUGACUUAAUUUGCAUCUGUUAAAUACACAGAAUAUUUUACUUGAGUAGAGCCAAUCACGGCCGUGGUGUUACUAAGCUGGUGCAGUUUCCAAAUACUGUAAAUGAGCACUUUAAGGUCAAGUUCUCGCUCUUUGCUGGUAAAAAAUUUUGCCCUCUUAAGGCCAGAGCCUGAAGGGAGGCUUGAAUUUCCAUCUGCUUUCUGCCUUAAUGUGUUUGAUUUGUCACCACUGACUGUGGAGUAGCAGCGAGACUUUCAUUGUGAUCACAAAGGGUGCAGCUGAAUAUUCAGAACAAAAUAAGCUGGGGCAAAGUGCCCCACUCCUUGGGCUGUUCAGAAUCAGGGAAGGUGAAACUGGUUUAACUGGGGCAUCUCCCCUCACACUGGGCUCGUGAAGCUGAACAGCCAAGGGCUUUUGAAGGCUUUUAAAAGGUGCUGUAAAGGUGCAUAUUACUGAAGGGGAUUUAUGUUGUGUUUUUUUUUCUUUGAAAUGCCUGCAACACAUCCUUGUUUCUUGAAUUUUAAAAUAUCCUUUGCCUGCCAUUCUUCUGUUACUGUUUUGAGUGGCCUUCCUUGCACUUUUAGACUGGGAAACAAGAACGUGCCUCUUUGGACUGGGGCAGAAAUAAACCCACUUUCCACAGGGAACCUAAAACCCAGUUUGAAAGCCUCUGUUCCCUCAGGCACCUGAGCAAACUGGUGCAGCAACACCACCUUUUCUACAAAAAUCAUAUUUCAGCUUCUCAGCAGAGGCUCCCAGUUGGAUCUUGAAAUACAGGAGGGUUUGACUGAGGAAAGAACAUAAUUACAUAAGUGCUUUGCUGAAUUAAGGCAUGAAUAAUUAAACAGCCCAGAAUCACCCAGAGCACUAUGGACCAGGUUUGUUUUUAAUUCAGUAUUAAAACACAUUAGCACUGGUGGGAGUUCCCUUAGAAAGCCACUUAGCUCCCGGUGUUAAACCCUGCUCUGCUUUUAGCCUGUCAUUAGGAAAGGAAAAUAAACCCCCCCAAAACCCGACAUUAAACCCAGCCCUGUAGAAGCUGAUGCUUAAAAACCUCCAGAAAUACCUGACAGUUCAAAGGAACUUGAAGAUUACACUGUGUUCUAACUACUUGAGCUGAAAUACUGGCUAGGAAGGAGACCAAGAGACCGGCGAGCCCCAGGAGUGCUCCAGCUGGCCCAGGGGAGCAGGGACGUGCCUGGGACAAGGAGCUGAUCCUCCCCUUUGCCAUCUGUGACAUGGACACAAAACCUACCUCAGAGAGGUGCACCAGGUGUCUGAAACACAAGUGGAAAAUCCAUAUUUAUUGUCUGCCUUGACUUUGGGGAGCAACCCUUAGAUUUUAGCUUUGUGUCCUGGACGGAUUUGUCCAAGUGUGUAAAACUUUUCUUUUUUUUUUUUCCUGGUAUUUCUCAGUUGCAGUAUUUGAAAAAUGAGCUUUAUUUAAUCCAGAGUGUUGAGCUUUGCUAGAUCAUGUUUGCAUUGGGAAUCUGCUCACAGAGAAUCAGUUCCAUCGAAGGGAGAUGUAUCACUAUCACUGCUUGGAUGUUUUCUUUUGUUGCCUAGAAAAUAAAAUCUCUUUGGUUAAAAAAAAA